AUGUUUGAUAAAAAGGAAGAUUUAAUUAAUAGUAAGAACAACGACGAAUUUUUUAAAAAAACAUAUGACAACUUAUCGAAGUACAGUAGAAAGGGUAGUGAAAACAGUUUUGAUAAAAGAGAUAAUAAUAGUAUAUCCUGUUCAUACGAAAAAAAUAAUAUUGAAGAGAGUACAGUGGAUAACUUUUUGGGAAUAAAUAAUCAUAAUAAUAUUAACAGUCAUAAAAAUUAUAGUAAUUUUAGUAAAUAUUGUAAUAAUAGCAGUACUAACAAUAUAUAUUAUGAAAAUUUAUUUAAAAACCGAAAUAAAAAAAAUAAAUUAAAAAAAACAUAUAUAAGAAAUAUUAGUGAUGAUAUAAAAAGUAAUCGAAGUAGUGAUAUAAGUAAUACAAUCGAAAGUAAUAUUGGUAGUACUACUGAUAGUAAUAUUGGAAGUACUAUCAGUAAUAGUGGCUCAAAAAGAAGCUUAAGUAGGAAUAUAUUUAUUGAUACAAGCGAAGAAAAUUGUAUAGACAUAAAUAAAAAUAAUUCAAAGGAAGAGAAUAAAGAUAUUUAUAAUAAUACAUAUAAAAUAGAUAGUCAUAUAGAAGAAAAUAAAAAAGAAAAAAAAGAUCGUAAAACACAUGAAUUUAAUGAAGUUCCUUCAAAAAACACAUAUGAAAACAAUCUUAACCAUUCAUCAAAUUUAAGAAAAAACGAUAUAUCCUAUUAUUGUGGAAAUAAUAAAAUAUCGAAAAAUAUUUUAGACAAAAAUAAUAAUACAAAUUUAAAAUUAAAUAUGAGUAGCAUAAAUCGAGUGAAUAGUAUGAACAGCGUUAAAUGCAUGACUAGGGUCAGCAGCAUAAAUAAUGUUUGCAAUCUGAAAAAUAUAAAAAAUAGCCAUAGUGAGGUUAUAUACGAUGAUGAUAAUAUUUUUUAUAAAACAAACAAAAUGAGCAGUGAAAGAACUAAAGUUGGUAAAAAAAACAAUCUUGGGUGUAGUCUAAAAAAAAGAAAUAAUAUGAAUUAUGAUAAUGUAAUGUUUAGUGAAAUUCCUAGAAAGUCAUUUGAUAUAAAUGAAAAAUGUAUAAACAAUAAUACAAAAAUAAAAAUAAAAAGACUUUGUGAAAAAAUCGAAGGAUUUGAAAAAGAGAUAAAAAAUGAAAUAAUGCAAAAAAAAUCAGUUGAAAAAGAAAAAAUAUAUGUAAUUAGAGAAGCAAUUAAUAAAUUAGAAAAAAAUUUAAAUAGUGAAAUUAAAAAAAGAAUUGAACAUAAUAAAAACAUUCAAACUAUUUUUUCAUCAGAAAUCUCAAAAGUUCAAGAAAAAAUUGAAAAUGUUGUUAAUGAUAAAGUUAAUGAAAUUCAAAAUGCUAUAAAAGUUUUAAACGAUAAAAUCAAUACUAUAAGUGGUAAUAUAGAAAAUGAAAAAAUAAAAUGUAUACAAAGUCUUGAGAAAAAAAAUAAUAAUAUAGCAAAAGAAUUUUCAAAUUUACAAGCCUCUUUUCAACAAGACAAAAUAAAUAACAAAGAAAAAGAAAAUAAUAUUUGUAAAAAGUUAGAAGAAAUUGAAAAAAAAUCCGAAAGCAAAAUCGCUAAUGAAAAGAAAAUUCGAGAUAGCAAGUACCAAGAAAUAAUAUCAUACAUUGAAGAAAUUAAAAGAGAGAAUAAAGGAAAAAAUGAAAAUUUUCAAAAUUUUGUACUCGAAGAAAUAUCAACUAUAAAAAAUGGUUUAGUAAUGGAAUCCCAAGCACGAGAAGCUGCUGAUGAUGAUAUUGUACAGGCAGUUAAUCAUUACACCAAAGCAUUACAAGAUUCACUUAGACUUAUCAAUUCAAAUUAA